UCCCACCUCCAGGCAGCCGAAUGACCAGAUCUGCAGGGCACCAGGAUCAGAGAGGAGGUCUAAAGGAGACCAGGUGGGGUGGCCUGGACAUCGGCGGAUCGGCGGCCCCAACAGAGAAGGGCACGACUGGGGCUAUGGAGAAUUGUUGGGAGGCUCAGAGAGGCGUGUCGAAGCCCCAGAAAAAGCAGGCGGAGGCGGGGCAGCCUGGGAUGGCUCUGCAGCGGCCACAGCAAAGUUCCCAGAAGGUGGAGAUUAGAAGAGGCAUCCCGAUUCCAGACAAAUGACGGCACGCUAUGGACCAGGUCACUUUGGUGAGCGGGGCCAUGUGGUAGGACCUGCAGCAAGCUGCUCUCCUCCCAAGCAGCACUGCUCAGCCGGAGAGGGGAUCCUGGUGGCAGCAGCGGCAGUCAGGCCAUGUGGGGGAUCGGCUGCCUUCUCACCGGAUGGGCCUUCAUCCUGACUGUCACAGGCACAGAGCACUUCUCCCGUCCGGGCCGCAGGAUGUGCUCUGUAGCCACGCGAUGGGCCACGGUCCCCUUCACCGAGUCCUACAAACAGCCUGUCUACCAGCCCUACCUCACCACCUGCGAGGGCCACAGGGCCUGCAGCACCUACAGAACGACCUACAGAACGGCUUACCGCCAAGCCUCCAAGAAACUCUCCCAGCCACUGUUCUCUUGCUGCCCUGGCUGGAGAAGGAGCAGCAGUACCCCCUUCAGCUGUACUAGAGCAAUUUGUCACCUGCCUUGUCAAAAUGGAGGGCACUGUGCAAGACCCGGAAGAUGUAACUGCCCCAUGGGGUGGCAAGGGGACACCUGCCAGACCGAUGUGGACGAGUGCGCCGGAGACCAUCACGGCUGCCCUCAGCGCUGUGUCAAUGUGGUAGGGAGCUACCGCUGUGAUUGCUGGGAAGGCUACCGACUUUCCAUGGAUGGGAAACUCUGCCAGUUCGUGGAACCUCCUCCUUGCCCCAGUGGCCCUGCCCCCACCACCUCUGGGGGACACCCAUCAGUAGGGGCCUCUGAUGUGAUGAAGGAUGAGGUACAGGAACUGAGAAGCCGGGUGGCAGUGUUGGAGCAGAAACUGCAGUUGGCCUUGGCACCGAUACACAGCCUCCUCCCUCCCACCCUGGAUGCCGGGGCUCCCGACCACACCAGCCUACUCGCUCACUCCUUCCAGCAGCUGGACCGGAUUGACUCACUGAGCGAGCAGAUCUCUUUCCUGGAGGAGCGCCUUGAGACCUGUUCAUGCAAGAAUGAGCUGUGAAGACAUCACUACCAUAUGGGAUCACCAUUCCCCACUUGAAGAGGCCAGGACUUCCUGGCGUGAUUUUUUUCCAGAGCUAGUUUGGACCGAAGCUCCAGUUCAGGGAAGAUGCCACUCUCUUGCUCUGUGUAGAAAUCACCACUCUCAGGCAGGCUUCCCCAGUUCACACCCUGUGAAGCCAGUCCACGGAUCCAACCUGCGGGCCAGUGUCCAUCACUUCCAGUCCUUCGCGUCCUCCGCUUGCUGCCUAUACUCCCACUUCCAGGGCCUUCCUCCCUUCCCCCUUCCUCUCCCAGGGAGCCUGCAGUAGCACCAGGGAGUUGUUCAGUAGGCCUCUGCCAGCCCCGGAGGGUGGCCGGAAGUCACCUGAUACUGCUCCAGGGGUUGGCGCUUCCUCAGACAGCAACCCAGCCUUCUCCCUGACCUCCUGUCGCGUCACUUUGGAGCCGUGCCCCAACCCUGCACUUAGUAAACCAGGCAGCAGCCCUGAGGGGCAACGACUGAGGUACUCCACCUCUCUCCCAUCCUGACUUCCUUCUGCUUUGACCAGGGGCCCCAGGUGGCUGCUGGGCCCUGGGGUGAGGAUGUCGGGGAAGAUGGGAGCAGGCCUCUAACCUUCCACGAGGGUAAGUGACCCGUCUAGACAAAACCAGCGAGACUGAAGGUACGACAGGGUCGCUUCGACUCCCAACGGAUUUGGAAGUGUGUGCUGCUUAUUACUGCUGUGACUCAUCCAGCCCUUGUAAAAAACCAAAGAAUUAAACUCCAGACACAGAAACUAC